AUGGAAAGUUCAAUCUCCUUCCAUCAAGAAAAAGAAAGGCAAGAACUCGGCGGGGCGGAGCCGCCCGGGGAAGAAGGAGCCCUGGCAGCUUCUCCUCACGAGCCCGAACCCCCGUCCCCCGCGCCCUGGGAGGCCGAGCGGAGCCCAGCAGACCCCGAGCCCCGGCCUCUGGGAGACGUCCCAGGACCCCGGGGGCCAGCUCCCGCGGCCCCUCCUCGGGGGCCCUCCGCCCCGACGCCGGGCAGCCCCGACCCGGACCUGGCGGCCCCCUGGCGGCCAGGCAGAACCAGCAGCGCGGGCCCGGGCCUCGAUCCGCGCCGCCGGCCGUCCGAGGAGAGGGAGCCCGCACCCCAUCACGCGAGUCCCUCAGAGGAAGCGUCCUUCCCCUGGGCUCCACAAUCCGGAGCUGGCCUGCGUGGGCCGUGGGGUGCCAGCCACGACGACUCCCCGCGGGAAGAGCGCGGGGUGAUCAUUUCUCCGGAGGAAGACUCAGACGGCCACUGGGACCCGGCUCUGCCCGAGCCCCGGGCCAGCGAGGAGGCCCCCAGCAUGCUGGACAUCGCCAUCCAGAAUGCCAAGUCCUUCCUACAGAACACCAGCAGCAAGACAGGCUUAAACCUAUAUGAUCAUCUUGCUAACAUGCUUACCAAGAUAUUAGAUGAGCGUCCUGAAAAUGCUGUUGAUAUCAUUGAAAAAAUCAGUCAAGAUGUAAAAUUGGCACAUUUUAGUAAAAAAUUCGAUACCCUGCAAAAUGAGAAUGAGCUGCUUCCAGCAUACGAAAUUGCAGAGAGACAGAGGGCUCUUUUUCUCCAGGGACAUUUGGAAGGAGCUGAUCAGGAACUGGAAGAUGAAAUGGUAGAAAACUCUCUUCCAAAUGUAAUGGAGUCAGCAUAUUAUUUUGAACAAGCUGGAGUUGGUUUGGGAACAGAUGAAACUUAUCGCAUAUUUCUGGCCCUCAAACAACUUACUGACACUCACCCAAUCCAAAGAUGCCGAUUAUGGGGCAAGAUCCUGGGCCUGGAAAUGAACUAUAUUAUAGCUGAAGUGGAAUUUCGUGAGGGGGAAGAGGAAGAGGAGGUGGAAGAGGAAGAUGUUGCUAACGAGAAGGACAAUGGAGAAAGUGAAGCUGAGGAUGAGGAAGAUGAACUACCAAAGUCCCUUUACAAGGCCCCACAAGCUAUACCUAAAGAAGAAAGUCGAACAGGUGCCAACAAAUAUAUCUAUUUUGUUUGCAAUGAACCAGGAAGACCAUGGGUGAAGUUACCAUUAGUUACACCUGCACAAAUUGUUACUGCAAGAAAAAUCAAGAAAUAUUUCACUGGGCGAUUAGAUGCUCCCGUCAUAAGCUACCCACCUUUCCCAGGAAAUGAGAGCAAUUAUUUGCGAGCACAAAUUGCCCGGAUUUCAGCAGGAACCCACAUCAGUCCUCUAGGAUUCUAUCAGUUUGGUGAAGAGGAAGGAGAGGAGGAGGAAGAAGUAGAAGGUGGACGAGAUAGCUUUGAGGAAAACCCUGAAUUUGAAGGCAUCCAAGUAGUUGAUCUAGUGGAAUCUCUAUCCAAUUGGGUUCAUCAUGUACAAUAUAUUCUCCCUCAGGGACGCUGUAAUUGGUUCAACCCCACACAAAAAAACGAGGAAGAAGAGGAGGAAAUAGAAGAAGAAAAAGAAGAAAAAGGUGAAGAGCCUGACUACAUAGAACAGGAAGUGGGGCCUCCUCUUCUGACACCUAUCUCUGAAGAUUUAGAGAUUCAGAACAUCCCCCCUUGGACAGCACGGCUAUCAUCACAUUUCAUUCCUCAGUAUGCUAUUGCAGUCCUUCGUUCCAAUCUUUGGCCUGGAGCAUAUGCUUUCUCCAAUGGCAAAAAGUUUGAAAAUUUCUACAUAGGCUGGGGUCAUAAGUACAGCGUGGACAACUAUACUCCUCCAGUUCUACCACCAGUUUAUCAGGAAUACCCGAGCAGAUCAGAGGUUAUAGAAGUGGAUGACCCCAGCGUGGAGGAGGAGCAGGCUCUGAUGGCUGCAAAAGAAGCAUCUGAAUUUGUGGCAGAGGAGAUUGAAGAAUCAGAGGAAGAUGAAUAUGAGGAAGAAGAUGAAGACUAACAACUAAAUUAGCCCACUCUUAGGUGUCCUUAACAUACACAUCCAAUGUAGGCAAGGGGUGUGUGUGAUUAUAUGCAUAGAUAAAACUCAUGUGCAAAGUGUCAUUCCUUGAAAACACCAAACUUGACAUUUCAUACAAUUUUUAUAGAAAGAUGUCCAAAGACUUUCUAGAGGCUAAAUGACAUCACUGUUCUCAUGACUGCAGUAAGUGGAAUGUAUACUGUGUCCUCUAUAUAAAUCUCACAAUUCAGAUUUUAAUCCACAAAGCCUUUUGAGACUUCUAUAAAGUAUGGAGGGGAUGUGGAGAUUUAAAAAAAAAACCCAACAAAACACAUAUUGAAAACUCCUUAAUUCCAGCAUGUAUUUUGUUAGCAUUGUAAGAAUGGAAGUAGAGCAUGUAGC